AUGAAAAUAAAGUUAUUGUUUAUUUUUAUAUUGUUUCAAUUUUUUUGCAAUUCAAUAAAAGCAACAGAACAUUUUGUACAUGGUGAUCUAAUAAAAUAUCCUUCUGCCUCAUAUGCAACUUCAUGCUCCUUUUAUUUCAGUGUUGUAUUAACAAAUUUAGAACAAGAAGUUUCCCGUAUUUCAAUUGAAGAUCCUUUCUAUUCUGAAGGUUUUUAUCCCUCCAAAGAUAAAAAAACGGUUAUUCUAAAGACGUCUAAAGGAGAUUUACAAUUAGGAAACACUACUUUGAACUUUUCAGUAUUUAAUUCUUCAAAUUCAAAAUUUUAUUCUUUUAAUGUAACUUGUUCUUGUAAUAAAUUUAAUUUGACAAAUUACAAAGUCAUUCCAUUAUCAAGUGGUUUUGUAUAUAGUUAUUUAUGCAUUGUAUUUAAAAUUAUAGAUUUUCCUGAAGAUAUUAUAUUAGGGGGAAAUUCAAAUGUUGGUGAUAUUAUUGGUUCAGGAUAUUUAGGAAAUAAUAAUUAUUAUAUGCAAUUUAAUAGUAUAAAAUCAAUUGCACCAUCAGUAAAUACCUCAAUUAUGUUUUUAAACAAUGAAUGGUUAUCAUUUAUGUUUGAUCUUCCUCUUCAAAUUAAUACAUACACAGAAAUUGAAUCAUUAGAAUAUUAUCCAAAUAAUAAUUAUACCUUCAAAAAUAAUAUAUUAGGUUUUGGAGAUUUAAAAUUAAAAACCAAUUCAUCAAAUUUAUUGAUAACUUCAAGCUUUAUUUCACCUUUUAAGGUUGGAGGAAAUAAUAUAGAUGAAGUUUUAUAUUUGAUUCCAUUUUUUAAUAUAAUACCAACUACAUUUUCAAUUAAAAUUCAGAAUGGUGCUUCUUUUAUUGAAAAAUAUAUUAAUUUUGAUUUGAGGAGUAAUUUAGAAGGUGUUCAAAUAAAAAAUAUUUCAAUUUUAGAUUCUAUUUAUUUAGUAGUACCACCAAAGAUGAUUGAAAAACAAUUUUCAUUCCCAUUUGGAUUUAUUGGUGGAAAUUCAAAUCAAUCAUUCCUUUCAUUAUCAUUUCUUUCAUAUCAAAGCUAUGGAAUAGAUUCUAUUUCAAUUGGAAUUGGUAACACCAAUUUAGGCUCCUUUAAAACCACCGGUUCAACUGAUGUUGCCCCACCAUUAUUAUUAGCCUAUGAAAUAAGUAUUUCAAAUUAUAAUACAGUACUUUUCAAAUUAAAAGUAAGCGACAACCAAAGCGGUAUAAAAUUAAUACGAUCGACUUCAGCAUUGGUCAUGCUUGGUGAAUCAUUGGUUUCAGGUGAUUCAUUAAAUGCUACACUUGAACUUAGAUUUCCAUUUGAUCAAUAUCUUACCUUAAUUAUGUUAUGUGAUAAUGCAUUGAAUUGUAAUACCUACAGUUUUGACUCUUAUUAUUUUAUACAAUCACCAAAUAUUAUAAGCUAUUUAAAACCACCAAAUCAAUUAUUUUCAAUACCAAAAGAAUUUGAUAUUAGUAAUUGUAUUCUUGAUAUUUCAUUUAAAUAUAAUGAUUUAGCGGUUACAGAUAAAUCAAUUGCAAAUGUUAUGUAUUUAGAUAUAGUAAAUUUCCCAACCGAUAGAGAUUUUAUCAUUAAUUUAUUUCCAAAUCCAAGUAUCUCUUUUUUAAUACCACCAACUUAUAUUGCAACAUAUAAUAAUGUAACAAAGAAAUUUGAAUGUGAAUUUAUUGUACCUGCCAAUAUUAAUAUUGGCCCACUACAAUACUAUUUAACUUUUAAUAGUUUUAUUGUUUUUAGUUUCUCUUUACCAAAUCAUUUCCAAUUAAAUAUUAAGGAAUCAUUAUAUGCCGAUUUUAUUGGUCCAAUUGCAACUAAAGUUUUAAAAUAUCAAAAUGGUGGUAGUGGUGGUUCAAAUGUAUUUGGAUGGGAAUUUUCAUUUGAAAAUGAUAUAAAUGGAUAUAAUGAGGGUUAUAUUCUAGUAAGAGGUUCAAUUGAUAUGGCAAUUAGAAAUAUUACAGGUGUAUUAUCAAGUGGAACAAUAUUUAGUGGCACUUAUAGUUUUAGUGUAAACAUUUCUAUUACUUGUAUAUCUCAAACUUAUUCUAUCGUUUAUGCAAAAUUUAUUGAUACUCAAGGACAACAAACAGUAUUUAAAGUGGCAAAUGAAUUAAAAUUUGAAAUGUUAAUGAAUCCAUUUUACCAACUUAUAAAAAACGAUGAAAGUUUUAUAGAUAUCGAUCUUGUUUGCGACCCAACUUUUUUAUCAUCAGCUGGAACAACGAUAAACCCAAGUUUAAUUGAAUUUACAAUUUCAAAAACUGUGUUGGAAGUAUUUUCAAUUGAUAGAAAUGUAACAUUUAGUUAUAAUGCAUAUCAUCCAGAUGGUUUACUUGAUUCAAUACAUCCAAUAAUUUAUCUAUCAUCAUAUGAUCAAGAAUUUAUUACUGGAAUUCAAUCAACAACAAUGACUCCAAAAAACUCAACCGUUAUGAAAUAUAUAACAACCAUUGAAGUUCCAAUAGGAUUUGGUUAUCCUGGUGGAAUUAUUGUAAGUUGUUAUGGAUUUAUUUCAAAUGCAGGUACACAUAGUGGUUUUACAUCAAACCUUUUAAAAAAAUCUGGUUUUCAAUAUAAAAUUAAUUCAGCAAAGAAUUCAAUGAAUGUCAUAUUAACUGGAAAUAGUGAAUUAUCAAGUAAUGGUGGGAAAUUAAUUAUUUAUGGUAGAUUUUUAAGCUCAAUUGCAACCGUUACUGUUAAAUAUAAAAAUAUAGAAAGUACGUACACACCAAUACAACUAUCAGAUACUCAAUUCCUUUUAGAUUCUAUUUCAGCUUCAGACUAUUAUAUUACAAUAACAGCAAAAACUACAUCUGGUGCUUCUUCUAGUAGUCUUAUUGUUUAUCCAAAAUUAUUUAAAAAUACUACUUUACUAAGACCAUCACCAACACCAACGCCAACACUACCAACAACACCAACACCAACAAUUAAAUGUAAAACUACAUGUGGUGAAUCAAAUAAACAAGGAUAUUGUUCAGUGACACAAGCUGUUUGUAUUUGUUAUUCACCAUGGAUCGGUGUUGAUUGUCAAUCUCAAAUCGUUACAGUACCGCCUCCAAAAAUAAAUGAAACUAAUCCAUCAACUGAAAUUACAACACCUAGUACAUCAGAAAUUAAAUAUUCAUCAAUUGUUUCAAUUGUUUCAUUAAGAGAACUUGACUAUAAUGAUAAUGUUGUAAAUAAUUAUACAUUUGAUAAAUGGGUAUUUAAAUCGAUUUCUGAUACUCAAAAUAAAAAGAUUUAUAGUUAUUUUUCAAAUAUUACAAUGAAUAAUCAAGUCGUAUCAAAUAUUACAUCAACUUUAGAAUGGAAUUCUCAAGCAUCAAUCGUACAAUUUGCAGGUCAAGAUAUUUCAUUAAAUCCAUCAUCAAUAAAGUAUACAAUUUCAAUUUCAAAAUAUAACUUUUUAAAUCAAUUAAAUACACUUCAAUUAGUAAUGUCUGCAUCGAUUCAAGCUCAAAAUAAUCCACAAUCUGAAAAUGAUGAAUGCUCAUCAAAUUCAUUUGGAAAUUCAUCAUCAUCACCAAAUCAAGAUAAAAUCGAUUCAAACUAUAUGCAACUUCAAGUUAAUGAUCAUUCAUUUUAUGGUAGAUUUAUUAAGAGAUGUUUAUUAGAUUCAAGAAUUGUACCAAUUUCAAAUUCAAAAUUAGAUGAAAAUCAAAUAGAACAAAAGAGUAAUAAUAAAAUCAGUUCAUUCAUUGGAAUUAAUAUACCAUGGUUUUCGAGUGAAGCGAUUAUAGAUCCUGAUUUCUCAGUUUUGUUAAGUCAUUCUGAUAACCCAUGUAAUGGAGUCAAUGGAGAUUCAGGUUUAACAAAAUCACAAUUAAUUGGUAUAAUUGUAGGCUCUGUUUGUUUAUUUAUUGUUUUAUUUAUAAUUGUAUUUUAUUUUCUCUUAAAAAGUUGUUUAACAUUUAAAAUCUUUAUUUACAAAUUAUUUAAAAAAAGAAAACAUUAA